AACAGUCGCCAUAUUUGUAAUCCACAGACAAGCGCCAGUCCCGCAGUUCAAAUUGUUUUGUUACUGUAAUUCGACAUAAACCGUCAUGUCUAACCGAAAUAUGCAACAAGGGAGAAUGCUGGGUGGGAAUUCUCCCGCCGCACCGGCCAAAAGAGCGACAGACUCUCCGGCGUCGGAGAAGCACACGCCGGCUAACAAAGGCAGCCCAGCCCCGCCGCCGCCGCGGUCCCCCUCGGCCGAACGAGCAGAAGGAGCCGCGGAGGGAAGCGGCGAAGGCCCGUCGCAGAUGACCCUGGACCUCUCCAGCUUUCGGCGGCCUGGAGAGAAAACGUUCACCCAGCGCGCUCGGCUGUUCGUGGGCAGCCUGCCGCUGGAUGUCACGGAGGAGGAGUUCAGGAAGCUGUUCGCUAAAUACGGGAACAUCAGCGAGGUGUUCCUCAACAGAGAGCGGGGCUUCGGCUUCGUUCGCCUGGAAACUCGAACACUGGCAGAGAUCGCCAAAGCUGAACUGGACGGGACUUUGUUGAACAACAGACUUAUAAAAGUCCGCUUUGCUACGCAUGGAGCCGCGCUCACCGUUCGUAAUCUGCUGCCGGUCGUGACGAAUGAACUCCUGGAGCAGGCAUUUUCUGAGUUCGGGCUGGUGGAGAGGGCCAUCGUCGUGACGGAUGAUCGAGGUCGUCCCACCGGGAGAGGCAUCGUGGAGUUUGCAAACAAAAUAGCUGCUCGUAAAGCUCUGGAGCUUUGCACCGAGGGAGCGCUGCUGCUGACCACUACUCCUUGUCCCGCCAUCGUGGAGCCUAUGGAGCAACUUGGUGACGAAGAUGGCCUUCCUGAAAAGUUGCUACAUAAAUCUCCCAAGUACCAUAAGGAGCGGGAGCAGCCGCCACGUUUCGCCCAGCCGGGCACAUUUGAGUUUGAAUACGCAUCUCGCUGGAAAGCUCUCGAUGAGAUGGAUAAACAGCAACGAGAACAGGUGGACAAAAACAUUAAAGAGGCCAAAGACAAACUGGAGACUGAGCUGGAAUCGGCUAAACAUGAACACCAGCUCAUGCUAAUGAGACAAGAUUUAAUGAGACGACAAGAGGAACUGAGAAGAUUAGAGGAGCUUCGCAACCAGGAGCUGCAGAGACGAAAGCAGAUAGAAAUGAGACACGAGGAGGAGAGGAGGAGGAGAGAGGAGGAGAUGAUCAGGCACAGAGAGCAGGAGGACAUAAGACGCCAGCCGGAAGGCUUCAAACCAAACUACCAUGAAAAUAGAGAACAGGAAAUGAGAGGGGGUGAGCUGGGUCCUCGUGGAGCCGUUAAUAUGGGAGAUGGCUAUAACCAGGCCUCCGCAGGGCCCAGUGGUAACCAAGGUCAAAUGAUGGGCGUAAGUGGAAGGGGAGGAGCCAUUGGCCCGGAAGGAACCGCAAAUACGGGAACGCCAUUGAUGUCAGAGAAUGGAGCUAUGCGGAAUGAUCGAUACGCCCAAAGUGGAUCAAUGGGGGGUCGACCAGAUGUUGAGUCCCCAAAGCAACAUCAGCAGUCCCUGGGGCAGCAGGUUGGACCAACAUCAGGAUUUGGCUUGGGCAGUCCGGUUGGGGGUGUCUUUGAUGGCCCUAACAGCAAGCGGCGUCGAUAUUGACUUCCCAUGAAUGUGUGCCCGUUGCCAUUUUUCCACCCCGUCCUGGUUCUCCUAAAGCGCUCUUGUUUCCCCAACACCUACGCCUCUAUGCUGAUGGAGAGGUUUUCGUCAUUUUAGGGUAUCUGUAUUUUUGGUUGAUGGAAUGGCAGUACCUUUUAUCCGAUACCUGCAAUAUUCAUUCGACUAAUUUUUAACAUAAUUUUUUGUUCUAGUUUGAAUGAAUUGUGCUUUUUGUUUGUUUUGUAAAUGUGGAGUCUGCAGACUUUUUAAACUGUGCCCUGAGAAGCCUUUGGGCGUAGGCAACUUACAUAACUUCAAGAGAAGAUGAAUAAAAAAAACUUGACGAACAGUAUUUACUUUUGGAAGUUAUGUUACUGUGGUGAAACUGACAGCCAGUACUGUUAUGGAUGUUUCAUGGUUCUCAAUACCAAAUUCCAUAAAUCUUGAGAAUGUUGAAUAUUAUAUAGGAGAAAGCCACAGGUACCGGUAGUCUCUAAACCUGUAAUGACUGUAGAUGUUUAUAAGCAGACAUUAACUCGUGCGAUUUAACCUGGAGC